AUGGUUUCUAAUGCUGUGAUUUCAAUUCUGAUUUUAUCAUCAACUUUCAUUAAUAAUGCUUCUGGAUUAAGAGUUCCAGUUUCACAAAAAGUUCAAUCAAAUUUACGCCCUGAACAAUUAAAGACAACAACAUCACCAGAUGAUAUUGGCGGGUUUUCAAAGGCAAAGACUCCAGUUGGUUGGGAUCCAAACAUUUUAGCUCAAGAGCCUUUCCCUCAAUGGUUGACUGACUUCACUGGGUUAUACGAAUGGCCCGGAUUAGAACCACCUUAUAUUCCAUUAGAUUUCAUUGAUUUCAAAAAAAUUUCAAAAUUUCCAACUCAUGAGCAAGGUGCUUGUCCUCAAAGUAGAGAUAGUUGUUCAUAUGAUUGUUAUAAAUGUGUUGAACCUGAUGAUGUUUAUAGUUGUAAAAAACUUUCACAAAGUUUUGAUGAUGGUCCAAGUCCAGCAACUCCUAAAUUAUUAAGUCAUUUAAAGCACAAAACAAGUUUUUUCACAUUGGGUAUUAAUGUUGUUAGAUUUCCAGAAAUUUAUAGACAAGUUAAAGACGAAGGUCAUUUACUUGGCUCUCAUACAUGGUCACAUAAAUAUUUACCAAGUUUAUCAAAUGAAGAAAUUAUUGCUCAAGUUCAAUGGUCUGUUUGGGCUAUGAAUGCAACUGGUAAUCAUCUUCCAAAAUGGUUUAGACCUCCAUAUGGUGGUAUUGAUAAUAGAGUUAGAUCUAUUUUACGUCAAUUUGGGCUUCAAUCAGCAGUUUGGGACUAUGAUACCUUUGAUUGGCAAUUGAUGUCAAACCAAAAAACCGAAUCUGAAAUUUUAGAGGAGGUUAAAAAAUGGAAAUAUAAAUCAAAUGAUCCUAAUGGAUUAAUUUUAGAGCAUGAUGGAUCCAUUAAAACAGUCAAUUUAGCUGUUGAAAUAGACAAUAUUAUUGGUGAUGAUCAAUUAACAGUGGCUGAAUGUGCCGGUGGGAUCAACUAUAUAAAGGAAUUCCCUGAAACUUCACAUGAACAUUAA